AUGACUAAAAGCGGUGCAAGUAAAACUAUUGGCAAGGCUCAAACUAGUACUAAUACGAAAGCCACUCCUAAAGCAACAAUGGCUUCUACUAAUGGCAAUUUAGUUGCUACUAAUAUUCAACGUACUAACCCAAUACCAACAAAUCAUCCUACUGAUUCAUAUUUGCCUUCCCAUCUAGUCAAUUUAAUCCCUGAAUUGGAUUCAUAUCAACAACUUAUUGAAGCUGAAAAGAAACUGGAUGUAUAUCUAGCUAGAAAAAAAAUUGAUAUAUUUCAGAGUAUUUCCCAAUGGAAUAAUUCUAAGCAAGCUCAUAGGGAUUUUUCCCAUCAUGAUAAGGAUCAGAACAAGUACCUACGUGUUUAUAUCUCUAAUAUUGCAGAAAAUCAACCUUGGCAAGAUAAUUCUCAAACUCUUGAGACAGGUUCAUGGACUAUGAGAAUAGAAGGUAGAUUAUUGGAUUCACAAACUGCAGACGAUGCUAGUAGACCUAAAUUCAGUUCAUACAUUCAAGAUAUUGCGGUUGACUUUAAACUUCCAAAUAAAGUUAAUUCAGAUGAUACAUCUGAGGAUAAUGAUGUUGACAUGGUCAAUGGUGAAUCAAACGAUAUAACUAAUGAUAUUGAUACAUCGAACACAAUUAAUUUACCUUUAAAAUCACCAGAUGCUAAUAAUCCUGUAGAUGGAUCAGAAUCUACUGAAACAAAGAAACCGCUUGAGACACCCACACAAUCUCCAAUAUACGAUGCAGUCGAAUGGCAUUUCGAUGCUAAGAAUCCUGUUGAUUUCGAUGGUCUAGAUAUUAAAAGACCUGGUACUUCAAAUGUUAAUUGUACAGUCACUAUCCAAUUAAAAGGUUUUACUGGUGAUAACCUGGAAUAUUCUUCUGAUCUUUCUCUAUUGAUUGGUAAGUCACAAGGUUCCCUUCAUGAGGCAAUUUACUCCAUAUACAAAUAUAUUCUUCUAAACAAUUUACUUGUGGAUAAUAAAACCGAGGUCAUCAGUAACUCUGAUGAUGGGAAUAGUACAACAAAUGGUGAAAAGACCUAUGUGAAAUUGGAUGAAUUCUUGUGUAGACUUCUUCCAGAAAAUGCUGAUAAGGACCCAUUUUCAACAGAUUUAGAAGAUUCAGCUUCGAGUGAGAAAAAACAAGAUGAGGAAAAGACAUUGAAAUUAUCAGAGUUACCAAAUCUGGUAAACAGUCACAUAGCACCAAUAAAACCUAUCAAAACAGAUUACGUUAUUAGAGUUGAUAAGGCUACUACUUAUGGUGAGCUUGUGUUUGAUAUUGAAGUACCAGAUAUUACUCAGUUACAAAAUCCAGCAGGUCUUCAUCCAAAUGAAUUGUCAACGGAAGGAAUGAAAUUAUUAUCGGAAUUAGAUGAACUUUCAAACCAAGUACAACCAAGACUAGAUGAUCUAGAGAAGCAAUCUAACAAUUUAUUAUUACAGUUAAAUGCAAGUGCAGACAAAUAUUACUUUUUCAAAAAGAUGGCUACAAACCCAGUACCAGCACUUCAAGAAUAUAUGAGAUCCUCUGCUAAUGCUCUAAAGGUUCUUUCUGGUGAUGAAGGUUUCAAUGAGGAUACUGUUAGAAGAGCUCAAUUUUAUAAAGACAACGAAGGCAUACUGUUUGAAAACUUGGGUGUUCUUCUUGCCAACGGGAGAUUAUGA